AUGAAGUUGGCAGGACUUUCCGCACUGUCCUUGGUAGCAGCUGAUGAUGGAAUGGACAGCAGUUUACAUGGCCCGUUUCAUCAAAGAUGCACCGGAAGCAGCAGCACUAUCUCCAUCACUGGUGAAAUGGGAAAUGAUGAGUGGACAGUCAUCACUUUGCAGCUCACUGAUGCAUUUCGCAGCCCAUCUCUUUUUGUCUUUAAUGGUGGUCUCUGGAGGAAUGGUUGCAGUGCAGCCUUCAUGUCCGGGGCAGCUUGGAAUGGUGUUUUCCCUAUCGCACUGAAGGUGGCAUUGUUAUACCGGGCAUCUCCUACCGCUCUUAUAGGUGUAUUGGCAAGUCCACAUUUCUCGUUAAGCUCUUGAAUGUCCUGUCUUAUUUUCUUCAUGCUGUUUUUGCUCACAUCAGUGAUGAUUUUGCCUACUUUGUUGCAGGUCUGAAGAAUGUU